AAUGUAUGCUUUUAAUACGAUCACACCUGAAGCCAAAUGUUUUAGUCAAAGCAACUGAUCUUGCGAAAGAGACACGUGACUCCUCGCGUCAGAGUCACGUGAGGAACAGAGACACGUGGUGUCCCUGACAGACCAGCUGCAGGGUUUCUCCCGGUGUUUUUUAUUGAUAUGUUGGGCUAAAUAACGUGUUCACGGGGGACAACGAUGCUGCAGCUCGGGGAUGACGUCACCCUGUACUCGGUGGUCUUCGUGCUGGUCCUGCUGGGGACCCGUAGCCCGGUGUGGACGGUCGCCCUCACCGCCUCGCUCUACGUCUCUCUGGCCGUGUUCCGGUUCCCACAGGUGCCACCCAGCCGGGCCCGGAAGGUGCUGCACCCGGACACGGGCACGGUGGGCUCCGGCAAUGUGUCGGUGGUCGCUCACCGGUGCGGUGGGCACGACGCACCGGAGAACACGGUCGUUGCCAUCAGGGAGUCCAGUAAGAAUGGGGCGACAGGCGUGGAGUUGGACCUGGAGUUCUCAGCAGACGGUGUCCCGAUACUGAUGCAUGAUGAGACUGUGGACCGGACCACCAACGGGUCGGGACCACUCAGCCAGAUGAGACAGUCUGAUUUGGGUAAACUGGACGCAGCUGCUAAACAUCGACUCAGGGACAAGUUUGCUGGAGAGAAGAUCCCAACUCUGGAUGAGGCGGUGGAGGAAUGCAUCAAACUGAAACUCACCAUCUACUUUGAUGUCAAAGGUCAUCCAGAUGAGGCAGCUGCAGCCCUAAAAGAACUGUAUAAAAAACAUCCAGUCCUCUACAACACCAGCAUUGUCUGCUCCUUUGAGCCAAAAGUCAUCUACAGGAUGAGGCAGAGCGACCCCGAAGUGGUCACAGCAUUGACCCAUCGGCCCUGGAGCCUGAGUCGGUUGGGAGAUGGUAUCCCACGUUUCUCGUCGCUAUGGAAACACAAUUGGAUGACACUAAUGGACAUCGCGUUGGACUGGGCGCACCAUCACGUGCUGUGGAGGCUCUGUGGCAUCUCAGCCUUCCUGAUACAGAAAAACUUUGUCUCAACUGACUAUGUUCAGUACUGGGCCCACAGGGGGGUUGAAGUCGUAGCCUGGACAGUCAACACAAAAGUGGAGAAAGAUUACUACCAGGAGUUGCUGCAAGUCAACUACAUCACAGACAGCCUUGUGGAAGACUGUGAACCCCAUUACUGAAAAAAAAACAUGAACCAGAGCAUGAUGUGACAGCAGCAUAGUCAUUGAAAAAAAAAUCAAGUACAUAUGAAAGGACAUUUCACUGUCUACCUGUCACCCAUAAUGUGGCAUCAGGUAAGAGAACAUAUGUCACACUCAUUCUCACGCACACGGUCUUAAUGGUGAGUGUGUGUAUGUUUGUUUGAGGCAAUCAAACUGUCCAGACUAAGUGUCCUGCUCUAUAACAAGAGGCAUUACUUGCAUUUAUAGACCUCUUGGCAAUAAGUAUCUGUAACGAACCUUAAUCAAGCGUACUGUAUUCACCAACUCAGGACUGCAUUUGUGUCUGUCUUUCAAGACCUGAAGUAUAGUCUGCUCUUUUUACUCCGUAACGUCCAUGAAUCUGGUGUAAACUACCAAGAAAUAAUUUCACUUCUUAAAUCACUUAGUAAUAAAAAAGUAGUAUAAAUGAUCACUUCAUAUCUUUGACAAAUGUGCAUAUAUCGAACUGAAAUACAGAAUAGAAUGAGAUUGGCAUUAGAAUAAUGAGUUUUUGACCUUGCAUCACUUUUUGCACUAUUUGUUCUUGUUCUUUAGGUUCUGAUGUUUUCAAUGGACACACAAAGUACAGUCCACUACAGGUUUAUAUUGUGCAUGCAUUAUAAAAUAAAGUGUUAUCAUUAUACAUUUUAAAAUGAACAUUGUUCCUCGGAAAUUCUGUAAACUUUGUCUUUCUUACAGCAGAAUUAUAACUGCAGGAUAUGCACAGGUGUAACUUACACUAACAAUAUCUAGGUGUGUAAGUAAGUUGUGCUAGUGAGCAACUUCAGGGCCCUAGAAUUGGGAAAACCUAAAUGGAAUGCAGCAAUUAUUAAUGUUAAUCACAACUGUGUUUGACAAGUUGAAAGAAGUCUAGAAAAAUACAUGUGACGCUUACAUUUUCAGCCAUAAAUGCUUUAAAAUCUUAACAAAUGCUCUAGAAAAGAGCAGGAGGAGUUUAACCGCUGCUAAAUAUAUGAUCUGAUACAAUACAAAGUGACCAUAGUUUGGCCUCUGCUGUUAGUGCUAAGCCUGUGUAGUGUGGGUUGUUGAUGAUUAGCCUCUUGGUGUGGAGUCUCAGGUGAUUGACCCAGAUAGUAGAGAUGAAUGGGAGAUGUAGUGUUGGAUAUCACCCUGGAUAAGCCUGUCUGAGCCGCUUUUUGUCUCGGCUGAUCUUCAGUUACUAAACCCAGACUGUCAGCUCACACUGUGUGGAGUCGCUCAGAUGAUCUUCACCUGAACGACAGAAGUUACCUGUGAUGACUCUUAUUUCUUAGAUAUAUGUCAAAUAUAUAAUAUUUAACAGGGAAACUACAAGGGUAUGCAGCAAUAUACGCCAUUAAAUCAAUGCUACAGUGGAUGGCUAAAAACUGGAGAUAAGGGUGGCUGUGGCACAUGAGGUAGAGCGCUUGUCCCGUAAUCACAAGGUUGGUGGUUCAAACCCCUCUACCGGCAACAUGCCGAGGUGUCCUUGAGCAAGACACCUAACCCCAAGUUGCUCCCCGGGCGCUUCAUUGCAGCCCACUGCUCCUCAGGGAUGGGUUAAAUGCAGAGAAUUGUAAUUUCCCCAUUGUGGGACUAAUAAAGGAUUGAUUAUUAUUAUUAUUAUUAUUAUAAGUGUAUUACACCAAGCCCCAUGCAUAUCAGUCCUUACAAUAUGAGUUAAAUGGAACAUUUUCUACAGGCUCUGUUAGUUAAUAUUGAAUAACUAAUAUCUGCAAACCGCAGUAAAGGGAUAGUUUAUUUCAUUCUGUCCAUCUCACGUCUAUAGGUGAAAGGUAAUCUCUAGGGGCGGGGGGCGUGCAGUGACGUCACUGAGGGGGGGUUGCCCCGCUCCGUAAAGCAGUCCGACCAGAGACACAAACAACGACGAGAGCGGAAAUGAAGAGACUCUAUCUUCAAAGUAAAACCAACAAACAUGAGGAGAUUUUUCAGCCACUUUAACAACUUGGUGAACUACUGUCGUUUUACAUGGUGAAAUAAAAACUGCACCUUUUUAAAUAAUUACAUUUGAUGCAAUUUUUUUUUUUUAUAGACAAUGGUCAUACUGCAUGUUUAGCCACAAACACAAUAAGAAUAUACUAUAUCCUUUCACUCAUUAGUCGUAUCUUGCGGUAUUUUAACCAUACAGAUAGCAUUGGUUUUAUUUAUUCUAGGUUUUGGAACACACCUUAAUAACGUAAAGGUUAAUGGCAUGUUUUAGAGAAGCUAAAAUCAUUGGUACAUUGGUGGAUCUAGUUAAACUCAUGGAUCUAUUUUGUACGUAUGGUCUGCCAGAUAAAUAAAACACACCAUUUUCAUAGUGAGCAGUAAGGAAUCACAUUUACCUAUCUUACUCCCUAUGUGUUUAAAAGAAAACCCAAUCCUUCCAAGUUUAUGUGCACUGUUGCAUUUACAGGAUGUCAAAUAGCACAUUAAUUCAACAUACAUUACUAUGUGUUACAUUACAACCUUUGUGAGCAUUUUUUAGUCUAUCAAUACUGAAUAUCAAAAGGCCUCUAAAGACUGGACGUAUUAAAUUAACUAUUUAUAUUUUAAGUGGUGCUUGGUGGUUUGAUGUAGCAUUUGUAAUCAAACACCUCUAGUAAAACUGGCAUCACAAUAUGAAUAUCAAAAUCAAACCCGACUUAUUCUCACAUGCACAUAAAUGCACACAUAUGAACUUACACACACACACUCAUGCUCAUUCACAUCUUGACUCAUUGCAUUUUUUUCUGUUUUCUUGUUGUUUAUAAUGUAUUAGUAUUAUAAAUCAUAUCUUGUAAAAAUGCUUUUUCAACAAUAUUUCAUAC